CUUGACGGCAAGCCCAUUCCCCCAGCGCUUCCCUCCCUCUUCCCUGGUACGGUACUGGCCAUAUCUUGCUUUGCUAGGAAACCAUGUCGCUGCCGUCAGCGAUCCACACCCUGGACAAGGAUGGACAAGAAAUCACUACCAUCGGAUUCGAGCGUUUUGGAUUUGACAGUCGAGUCCCCAUCGAUGUUCUGCGUUCCCUGUAUCUCAAGCCUCACUAUGUCGUCAAUACAUCCGAGACAAAGGUUGACGACCUCGACAAGGAAGAGGAGGACAAACAGCAUGCUGUCUUUGGCCAGGGCCUAAAUGCAUACCAGUCCAAGUCCAUCUACUAUCCAGAAACAGCUUCGAUAUCUUACACCUCCCUCACGCGGUUUCCUCCCGUUAAACUUUUGCCACCAUCCACCCGAAAACGGAUCUUAGUGACUGGCGGCGCCGGUUUCGUUGGCUCUCAUCUAGUUGAUCGACUCAUGCUGCUUGGACACGAGGUCACUGUUCUCGAUAACUUCUUCACUGGGUCUAAAACCUCGCUUAGCCACUGGGUGGGCCAUCCCAACUUUGAGAUGGUCAGACAUGAUGUGGUUGAGCCGUUCAUGAUCGAGUGUGAUCAGAUUUAUCACCUUGCAUGCCCCGCAUCCCCCACGCAUUAUCAGUUUAACGCUGUCAAGACCAUCAAGACGUCGUUUAUAGGCACCCUCAAUAUGCUGGGCCUUGCCAAACGUACUAAAGCGCGAUUUUUGAUCAGCAGCACUUCAGAGGUAUAUGGUGACCCAGAAGUCCAUCCGCAACAUGAAGACUACUGGGGUCAUGUCAAUCCCAUUGGCCCAAGGGCUUGUUAUGAUGAAGGAAAGCGCGUAGCAGAAACUCUAACCUACGGGUUCCACCGACAGGAUGGGGUUGAUGUUCGCGUUGCUCGUAUUUUCAACACUUACGGUAGGCCAAUGAACCCGAAUGACGGCCGCGUUGUGUCCAAUUUCAUCAUCCAGGCCUUGCGCGGCGAAGACUUGACUGUGUACGGAGACGGCAAGCAGACCCGCUCUUUCCAGUACAUCCAUGACCUUAUCGACGGCCUUAUCGUGCUCAUGAACUCGAACGAGACCCGUCCAUGCAACAUCGGAAACAGCGACGAGUUCACGAUUGGAGAGUUUGCGGAAUUGAUUCGGGAUGUCGUUGAAAGGGUUCAGCAAGAAGACGGCGUAAAGCCAGUCGGGCGCGUUCAGAUACUAUACAACAAACCCAUGCCGACAGAUGAUCCGCAGAAACGUCGGCCGGACACUUCGCGCGCAAAGGAGUCCUUGCAAUGGCAAUCACGCUGGACGGUACGUAUGGGUUUGGAGGAGAUGGUAAGGUACUAUAAAGCAAAGAUGGCUGAGGGUAGCUUAUAGCAUCGGACAUCUACUGUAUUGAAGCAGCGAAAAAUUAUGAACAUGAGUAAAUAUUUCAAUACAAUGAUCGAUAUAGAUGAUAUAAAGUUGGAACAAAUGUGUGCUCCUAGGGAAUCUAAAGUGUUUAAUGAACAAGGGUAACAUAAAGCGGGGAUAUAAUAAAGGAAGUUAAGACGCUCGCAUGUCAUUUACAAUGACAGUUAAGCACAAGAGUGAAAGAACAAUUAGAAGGGCAAUCUUGGGUUCCCGAUAACGGCCUUGGAUCCCUUGAUAACCUGCUUCUCGACUGUAGUUGAACUCGGUGCCGCUCUGCGCACCCUGCCUUCUUGCUGUUCUUCACUCGUAACUAAAGUCUGUUUCUGAGAGGUGUUCAUGUGCCCGCCGGUAGGUGUGGCUGGCGGAUCGUGAAGAGCUGGCUUGAGCCUCUUUGGCACUUUUGGAAGGCUAAGGCCAAUGUAACUAUGGCCAUGUCGGUCUCCAUGGAACCAAUGAGGAUUCUUUCUCUCAGAAUAUCUUCUCAUGGGUCGUCCGUCAAAUCCAAGAGGACAGUAAGCUUUAUCGACGUCCAGCACGUAGUAAUCAAGGGAUUUUUUCUGAGCAUUGGCAACUUCUUCGGUAACGCAAGUGAAAGAGAGCGGAGACCGCGGAUCACGGUUAUUGAAGGAUGUGCUACUACGAAUUUCGCCCAGUUUGUUGAGAGCUUUCUUCAUCCGCUCCGUAGUUGAGGCGUGCAAGGGCUUGAGCUCUGAGCGAACCUUUGGUAGCUGUGUCAAGAACUUGUGCAGAACUUGAUUGACGAUAGAGGCAGUGCCCGGAAGGAUGUUUAAACAAGCCUUGGCACCUUUGACAACACAAAUAGGUAUGUCAUUCGUGGCGUUUCUGAGUCUCCUCUUUAAUUCAUGUGCAAACUGAAGGGGGGCUGUGGGUGAACCUUCGGCCUGGAUUAUCAUUACAGGUACAUUGACCAUGUCAUAUACUGUUUCCUCAAGGAGCUUGCGAUUCAUCACUACAUUCAACAAUUCCACAAUGCGAAGUCGAGCAGUAGGCGGGGAGUUCAUCUCCCAAUAAGCUAUGAGCUCGUCUUGUAAAUCGGUAGCAUCCGACUCUGGGCCAGUCAUAAAAGUAACGACUUCGUUGCCUGCAUGCUCAAAGGAGUCGAGAUCCUCGGCAUAACACCACAGAGCGAGCAGCUCCUCAUACGACUGGAAUACCCACUGCAAUUCGAGUGGCGGUGGGACAUUACACAAUGUUAGGCUUAGAACACGCUCUGGCCACAGCGCAUGGAACCUCAAUGCAGCAUUCACUGAUACACUUUCGAACGCGCAGAUAUGAGUAGGUGGUAAUUGAAGACUCUCGCAUGCGAAAGCGAGGUCUGCUGCAUCGGUCCAACUGUCGUGCAGGUGGGAGGGACGACACCUUGACCUGCCGCUAACCCUGUAAUCAAAUGCAAUCAUGUUAAACUCGUCCGUCAGGCGGGGGUCGUCGAAGUGCUUUCGCAGCCAUCUAGAAUCAAGAAAUAACGGGUGAAGGAAGAUGACAGUUGGUUUGUUCGGGUCGAAGCUACCGACAUUGCCGUAGAGGGAGUUGGUAAUAUACCAUAGAGAUACGUAGUCGUCGCGAGAGGGGAUAUCGACAUAAGGCAUGUCGAUGUGACGUUCAAGAGGGAGCUACAACCCCGGGAGACUGAAAAGAAGAAGGAAAAGAG